AGAGAUGUUUCAAUUCGGUUACGACUCGUAUAUGCGGUACGCCUUCCCGGCUGACGAGCUAAACCCGAUCGCCUGCACCGGUAGGGGACCCGAUAGGGACAACCCCUCCAACAUCAACAUCAACGACGUGUUGGGCGACUAUUGUCUCACUUUAAUCGACUGUUUGGACACUUUGGCGCUCAUGAGGAAUGCCUCGGAGUUUAAGAGAGCGGUGGAACUCGUCUUAGAGUACGUGUCCUUCGAUAAGGACAACACGAUUCAGGUGUUUGAGGCAAACAUCCGGGUCUUAGGGGCACUCAUAUCCGCGCAUCUCUUGAUUGUGGAUAAGGAUCAGCCGUUCGGUGAUCUUCGGCCCGAAUACUACUCGAAGCAGUUGUUAGAAUUGGCUCACGAUUUGGCCACAAGACUGCUGUUGGCUUUCGAGAGUAAGACAGGUCUUCCGUAUCCGAGAGUUAACUUACGGACAGGAGUUCCCGAUCGCAGUGACUGCAAGUGGUGUGAAUCGCAUACCUGUACGGCAGGCGCCGGGUCUCUAAUACUGGAGUUCGGACUUCUGAGUAGACUUUUAGACGAUCCGGUGUACGAGUCAGUGGCCCGUCGGGCGACCCGAGCCCUGUGGCGCUCCCGUGCCGUCCAAACGGGUCUAUUGGGGAACAUCAUAGACGUGGAGACGGCUGAAUGGAUCGGCAAAAUGAGUGGAGUGGGCGCUGGAAUCGACUCUUUCUAUGAAUACCUCUUAAAGUCAUACAUAAUGUUUGGCGAACCGGAAGACCACCGAAUGUUUACCGAAAGCUACCAAAUCAUUAAGAAAUACCUGCGAAAGGGUCGCACACACUGUAACCGAGGGUCGGGUAACCAUCCCCUGUAUGUGAACGUCAAUAUGUUUGACGGAACGACAUCUACGCUAUGGAUUGACUCACUGCAAGCCGCUUGGGCUGGGGUACAGGUGCUCGCGGGCGACAUAGAGGAGGCCAUCUGUGGUCACGCCUUAUAUUACAACAUAUGGCGUAAGUAUGGAGUACUUCCCGAGCGA